UGUUACUCGCAUCGCCAUCUUGUUGCAAGUCAAGUCAUGCACGUCUGAGGAAUUUUCGGGAGACCCGGAGAGAUUUCUUUUUUUAUGUAAUUACACGAGUGAAAUAAGUGUUAAAGCUUAGUGUGAGUGUGUGUGAACGAUCCGGUCAUUCUGCAAACGCGCAACUUGCACUAGUGUGUGUAUGUGUGUGUGCGUGCGGGUGUAUGAGUGUGUGUGUGUUUUAAAGACACUGUAUCCGCUCGGUGAACGAAAUGAGUAUUGAAACACUGCUGGAGGCGGCUAGAUAUCUGGAGUGGCAAGCCCAGCAACAACAGAUUACACGUGACGAAGAUGAGCGACGACAAAAGGCCCUCCUGUCCUGUGCAGCGGAACCCAAGCGUCCCGAAAUCACUGCCACGUCUGUCCAGCCAGUGCAGGUCAACCACACGAUUUGGGCCGAAGAUGUACGAACAGAGCUUCACAACCACCAGCAACGACCUCCCGUCCUUGCCCCAGCCCCUGCCCCAGCCCCAGCCCUUGCCCCUGCCCCUUCCCCAGUCCCAGUCCCUGCCCCAUCCCCUGCUCUUGCCCCUGCCCCUCCUUUGCCUCCACCCAUGCCCAUAACAGUCAUCCCAAUCCCUGUGGUUCCUGCUAACCCUGCAGCAGCGCUCCAUACAGCCUCCCCCAUACCGAUGGUAAACAGCACUCUGGCUACAGCACUGUCCCCGUCAGUCGCUCCUUUACUCAGCUCCGUAGUGAAGGACACACACACUCCGCAUCAGCAUCUUCAGCCGGUUCAGCAUCGCCCCCUGCUCACCCACGUGAAGGCGGAAGGCAGCACCUUGCCUCAGUCGGGCACCAGUCCCAAGCAGCAGCCUCAGGCCCUGCUGCAGCCCUACCCGGCCCCUGUGAUCACCUCCCAGCAUGCUUUGCUCGCCCAGCCCACUCUCGGACAGCCUCAGAAUCACAUAUCACAACCGGCACGGACCAACGGCGCAGCCUUGGAGGACACCCGUGGUCUGGAGGGCAAGAGGCGACCCGGAGGAGCAGGAACCAGGGAGGUGCACAAUAAGCUAGAAAAGAAUAGACGUGCACAUCUAAAGGAGUGCUUCGAGACCCUCAAGAGGAACGUCCCCAACGUGGACGAGAAGAAGACCUCCAAUCUGAGCGUGCUCCGAAGCGCCCUGCGCUACAUCCAGACCCUCAAGCGUAAGGAGAAAGACUACGAGCACGAGAUGGAGAAGCUGGCGAGGGAGAAGAUCGCCACUCAGCAGAGACUGGCCGAGCUGAAGAACGAGUUGGGCCAGUGCAUGGACGUCGUGGAGAUCGACCGCAUCCUCAGACAGACGGUCCAGCCCGAAGACGACCAGGCGUCCACGUCGACAGCAUCAGAAGGCGAAGACAACUUCGAACAGGAUGCGGAAGACGGCACCCCGUCCUCGUCUCGGCCCUCAGCCCUGAGAGUUCCGCCGGCACCGUCUGAGCCACGCGGGCCUGUCCUUCCUCAUCCUCCACCUCCUCCCUCCAUCCUCCCCUCCCACAUCACCUUCCAGCACAAGCCGAGCGCCCCUUCACAGCCCCAGAACGCAGCCAUCGCGCCUCAACCCAGCGUCAUCGCGCACGCCUCCGUGUCUCACGCGUCCGUCAUCCAGGCGGUCAAUCACGUCCUGCCGGCUGCUUCCAAACCUAUCGGCCACAUAACCGUGCACCCGGUGGCACUUUACCAACAGCCGGUGGCCGUCUCGCAGGCUCCGGUGCUGGGCCACAUCACACAGACGCUGGCUCAGCAGCCCCAGAGCCACUGCCACGUUAACGGUGCGGCGGUGGGGCAGCAGGGCGCCGUGAUGGGGAAGCCCACGGCUGUAGUGGCCCACCAUCACGCGGGUCUCGUCGGGCAGGCUGUGCUAAACCCAGUGACUAUGGUGACCGUACCGCAGUUUCCCGUCAGCACACUUAAACUAGCAUGAGGUUAGUGUUUAUGCGCGUGAAUAUGUGGUGUGUGUGUGAGAGAUCUGUGGCAUGUCAAGACCAUCCGGAUGGUCAGAAGAGCACAGGACGUAGUUAUUGG